AUGCCUUUAUCAUCCUCUACACCCUCUCGGAUGACCCUGCUCACGAGUAGGAUGCCCAUGGCAGCGACUUCAGACGAGUAUCUUCCACUGCACUCGCCCCCUUCCCCUUCCCCUUCGUUCUCGUCGGCCGAGUCAAGCCCAGCGGCAAGCCCUCGUAUACAUGGAUUCCGCCAUAAGAUCCCCUCUUUACAGGAGAUAAGGGCACGAAGUUCGGGUACUCUUCCUCUACCAGUUGCAUGCAGACCUCGGAGAUUCCAAUCCACCUUUCUUGUGCUCAUAGCGCUGAUAGUGCUUUCGGCGUAUAUCAUAUUCCUAUCUACCCCAACACUACGCGCCUUCAACACAGCACCGAGCGUGGAUAUUGCGCGAGUGGAUGCUCAACACAUCGUUCCCAAUCAUCGACAACAAUCAGGGAAAGCUCGCCAUGGUCAUCACAUCACGAAGAAUUUACCACCACUGCCAAUACCAGUCCUGACGCCAGCUCUCGAGCUAGCUGCGAUAACAUCCUUCCUUACAUCCAUCCACGACGCUCAUAUGAACAUGCUCCCCCCGACCGUUGAUCCGUCCAAGACGAUUGAUCCGCAACUUGUGCUGGAUUUUGACAUCACCCGGAAUCCCCGAGCGAAAGAAGAACUACAAUCUUUGCAAGAGAAUGUUUGGUCAAGGAACCCCGUAGUCCUGUACGCCAAGCACUUCUCUCCCCUUUCACGAGCGAUUAAAGCAACACUCGAAGCUCUUCACAUGCAUCCUCCGCCGACCUUCAUAGAUGUCGAUACACGUGUGGAUGCUUCCAUCCUGGAGCCACUUCUCCGCCGACUCACCGACAUGGACUUGCCUAUCAUAUUGAUCGGCGGGCAACUGGUCCGACCUAUUGAUGAUGAGGACUCAGGCGACGAUUCGUCAUCGCCAGAUAAACACCUCAAAGUCAUACUGGAUGCUGGACACUCGCAUGCGUCAAUGAAGAAAAUUGACACGUCUGUUUUGGAGUAUUUGCAAGAGUUGGAAUCGAGUGGCGAGUUGGCCGAGCUCUUGGAGAAUGCUGGGAUUAACUUCGAGCACUAUCCCCCACCGAAAGAGAUGGCUCCAGCCGUUGAGUAUGUUAUAUUUGACAUGGACGGUUUAAUGAUAGACUCGGAACGCGUAUACACGGAUGUGACCAACGAAAUCCUGAGUGACUAUGGGAAGGAGAUGACAUGGGAUAUCAAAGCGGGCUGUAUGGGAAAACCGGAGCGCCAAGCUGCAGAGCAUUUACUGUCUUUCUUUCCUGGUAUCACCCUAACCAUCGAAGACUACCUGCGACGGCGAGAUGAGCUACAAGACCUGCGCUGGCCGAAAGUCCAGCUGCUUCCAGGAGUGCAAAAGCUCGUCAAACACCUACACGCACACAGCAUUCCGAUCGCGGUGGCGACUGGGUCCAGACGGAGAAACUUUACCUUGAAAACGCAACACCUCGGAGAUGUCUUUGAUUGUUUUGAAGGACGCAUCUUGUGUGCCGAUGAUCACGUCAGCGAUGGAGAUAUUACUCGGAAGAUGAAAGGCAAGCCGGCUCCUGAUGUAUUUAUAUGGGCUGCGAGAACUCUCCUUGGAAGAAAUGUCGGCGACCCGGACGCAGACUGUGUGCCACAGGAGUUGGACGAGCGAAGCAAGGGCUUGGUAUUUGAGGAUGCUCUACCUGGUAUGCAGGCAGGUAAAAGAGCCGGAAUGACCGUUGUCUGGGUCCCUGAUGCAAACCUACUCAAUGUGGAUUAUGGGGGCGUGGAGAAGGCCGACAUUGUCUUGAAAUCACUGGAAGACUUCGUUCCUGAGCAUUGGGGUUUGCCCCCGUAUUCGGCAGACUAA